AUGGCAGGAACUGUGCAAGGAAUGCGGUUUUUGUACGGAUCCGCCGUUCGGUGGCGUGGAUCGGUGUCUGCCAUGCGGAUUCUAGCCGUGGUGUUGCUGUGUGCGGUGGGUUUAGACAAUGCUGCAAGUCAAAAACCAGAAGAGGGUCCAUAUCGGGGGAAAUACAUUGGCAAGUUUAACUCCUAUCACCAUCAAGCUUCGGGAGACGUUUACGCCGUGGACGAGUACACGUUUCUACUGACCGGCUUCAACUACGACGGCAAUGGAGUCGACACAUUCUUCUGGUCCGGUGCAAGUAAUCGCCCUGGACCUCAAGGAUUUAUCGUACCGGACGAGUACGGCAAGACAAACAUCUUAGAACGAUACUUCAACAAAGAUUUCACGAUACGCCUCCCGGAUAACAAGAAGAUUACGGAGGUGAAAUGGUUGGCCGUGUAUGAUCUGAACUCGCAGAAUAACUUCGCCGAUGUGUACAUCCCGGAAGACUUUGAACCGCCCGUACCGCAAAAGGCAGGCAGUUUAACCGCCAUCGCCGGUGGACCCAUGGUGUCGAGCGACACGAUCGACAUUCUCGACUCGAAGACGAUCCGUAUCACCGACUUUAGCUACGAUGGCAAAGCUGGUGCCCAAGCGGAGGUACAUUUCUGGGUUGGCGUUGGUCCGUCACCGUCGUCCAAAGGUAGCAAGGUGCCGGACGAGAUGGGUUACCUUGAUCCCAUACGGGCGUAUGAUCGUGAAACGAUCACGUUGGAGCUUCCUGGUGAUAUGACAAUCUUCGACAUCGAUUGGUUCAGUGUGUACGAUGUGGCAGUGCGCCGGGACUACGGAUCGAUUCUGAUUUCGGACGACCUCAACGUGCCACCGUCGUUGGUGCGCGUUACGCCGCAUACCGAGUCACUGCCGAACUGUCGCCAGCUGCACAAGGAUUAUCGCGUUUCAUGGGAAGUGUUCGGACCGCAGAUCACUAUCCAGCUGGCGGGAAACGUGCAGCAAGAUGAAUAUCUCUCGUUCGGACUAUCCGGCUCGGAACAACGGAGCCAAAUGCUGGGAGCGGACGUAGUCGUCGCCUUCAUCGAUGGCCACCGAGGAUAUGCGGUGGACUAUAACAUCACCUCCCUAGCACCGUGUGUGCAGGUGCUCGGUCAAAACAAGGGCGUCUGCCGCGACGAUGUGGUUGGUGGGCUGGACAGCUAUCAACUGCACACGUUUAGCCGAGAGAACGACAUCAACACGAUCACCUUCCGGCGCACGCUCAUUUCGUCCGAUUCGGGCGACAAGGAGUUUCUGCUGGACCGCCCUAUGUACGUAGUGUGGGCAAUGGGUCGUCUUGAUUCUAACAAUGAGCCCACCUAUCACGACGUCUACCCGAAACAAAAUGUGCAGGUUCACUUUAAUUCCUCCGAGCCAGUUAACGAUUGCUUCAGCUUUACUAGUCGUGAAGCCAACCUGAAGGAUGUUUGGGAGCGACAACAGAUUUUCGAUCGCUCGGUCCGAUCUUUCACGGCUACCCUGGGUCCUGCGGGAGGUAAACGAGGCUACCAGGGCAUUACCGGACAUGUUUCUAACGGUCUUGCCUGGUACAUCAACGGAUUCCUUGUGCCGGAACUGUGGUUGCGACGAGGUCUCACCUACUCCUUCCUUGUACGCGGCGGCAACAAUCCUCACUCACCGGAGUUCUACCAUCCGCUUGUGAUCACGGACGAACCGCACGGUGGCUUCGACCGGCUGUCCGAUGCACGGCAGAGCGAAAUCCGAGUUCUGGCGGGCGUCGAGUUUACGCGCCGCGGACGACCCAAACCAAUUGCCGCCGGGCCACUUUGUCUCGCACGGCAUCCAGAGGGACAGGAUCGCCGGCUCGAUGAUAAUUUUGCGACGUUCAAAAAGUUCAACCGUACGCUCAAGUGGAGUUGUGAUUCCGGUGAACCGGCUAUAUUGGAGAUAACGCCAAACACCAGCUGGCCAGACGUCGUCUACUAUAACAGCUUCACCCACGCGAACAUGGGCUGGAAGAUACACAUUGUCGACAGUUAUAGCCAGUCAGCACGUAAUCAUGGCACGACUUACAGCUUUGAUCAUACGAUUCGGUUACUGCUUCUCACCAGUAGCCUCGUCGUGUGCACUUGGCUACAGAAAUAA